AGAUGCAAACAAAAGGAUAUCAUAGGGGCACAGGUGGGUCCGUCGUAAGGAGUAUAAGCCAAUUUAUAAACCUCUUUAGCUACAGGAAUUCUGCUUUAAAGCAUGCCAAAACUUCUUCCACUUCCUUUCUAAAACACAACCACCACCUCUGCCAAGACCAACCCAAACCAGAAAACACAACUCACCAAACACACAAGGCAAGGCAAGAACAAUGGCAAAACAUAGCCUCCAAAGCCAUGACCAACCACUCCAAGAAGAGGACUACAUAGAUAUGGAUUUGAGCUCACCAGCAGCAGCAGAAGCGGCCACCACCACGGCAAGCUUGUUCUGCUACAACACUGCCAUGGCAGCCUCCCCACAACACUCACGAGAGUUUGAAUUCCACAUGUCGGCUCCACUUGACCAGUGGGAGCCCGUGGCAUCCCCAGCAGACGAACUCUUCUACAAGGGCAAGCUGCUACCGCUCCACCUUCCACCACGCAUCCAGAUGGUUGAGAAGCUCCUCGAGAGUGCGGCUGGAAAGGGCCUACUCUCAGCGAGCACUGCCCCAGCAACACCAUACCAGUCGUGCAAUAUAUCAGCAGCAAACUCAUGUUAUGUCAGUGGUGAGCUCAAUGCGGAGUAUUACUUCCAUGAGUACAUAUCUGCUGGUAGUGAUGCUGCCGAGGAGGCGGCAGCCUGUGAGAAGAAGCCAUGGUCCAAGAAGCUCAAGUUCAUCAGGCAUCUCAACCUUGGUCUCAAGCUCAAGGCAUCAAAAGCUUACCUGAAGACAAUAUUUGCCACUAAAGGAGGGAAUCCAGAAGUCAAGAAUGGUGCACCUAGAGCAAACGAGCUGUCCAAUGCACAGUUCAAGACCUGGAGGAAGAUCCCAUUUGGCCAUAUCAGAAGCAACAGGUACAUAACCUCACCCGUCAGCAACAGUACCACACUAGGAGGCAAGCUUAAAGAGGACGAGUGCAGCCAUAGAAGAUCCUUCUCCAGCGUCAUUAUCCGAUACUCGUCAUCAAACAAGACAUCCUCUGUCUCAUCAUCAUCGUGCUCUUCGUCAAAUUCAUCCUCCUCCAUCCCAAGCUCAAAUGACUCUAGCGUUGGACCAGUGCUGAGGAGGAGCAGCAGUGCAAACUCAGAGAUGGACAAUCCAAUUCAGGGCGCAAUAGCGUACUGCAAGAAGUCGCAGCAGCUGGCCUCGGUGAGGAAGAGUGCAAGUGACACAGGUUUCCGGUUCAUGUCAUCAUCAGCAUCAAAAAUAGCAGCAGAAUCUGAAGAUGCAGAGGAUAUAAUUGAGAUUAGCCAAAACAUAGAUGUAAACUCAAAUCCCCCCAAUAAUUCUGUACUCUUUUGAUAUUGAGCUUUCUGCAGAUAUGAUAUAUGUUACAGAAAAUCUUUUCUCUGAUCAG